AUUACCUCUUACAUGGUGUCAGAAGUGGACCAUGCCAAACGAAAAUACACAGAACACGAUGGGAAACGUUGGAUCUAAUGAAGAAUCAAGAAGGGUUCCUGUGAAACCGCCCCCACCGAUUGAAUUGAGCAGCAACAACAAGGCCGCAUGGGAGGCGUGGGAAAAUGCUUUCCAAUGGUACUCCAUCGCAAUAGAAUUGGAAAAACUUGCCCCCAAGAUCCAAGUUGCUGUCUUUAUGAGCGCUUUAGGAAGUGCCGUAAAGGAUAUAUUCGACAAUUUUGGAUUGUCGGAUGAGGAAAAAUCUAACCUCAAUUUGGUUAGACAGAAGUUCCGAGAGUACUUUGCACCCAGCGAAAAUGAAGUGUAUGAGUCCUAUAAGUUCUAUACGAUCACUCAGGAUGAUGGAGAAGGUAUUGAGCAGUACAUCACGAGAAUCAAGGUGCAAGCAAAUAAGUGCACCUUUCCGGCAACUGCGAAAGACAGAUUGAUUCGUGACAAAUUGAUUCACGGCUUGAAGUCUAGUGCGAUUCGGGAGGAACUGCUGCGAAAGUCUUCCUUGACUCUCGAACAAACGAUCGCGACGUGUAAAAGCAUGGAAAAAGCAGCUGAGCAUGCGAAAUCGAUGGACAAAAAUAAUCCUGGAUGUUCCAAAAACACUGAGAGUGAAGUAUACACUGUUAGAAACGGGAAUGCAAGUUCUUCGAAGAAGACUGCUCAAUAGGUUGUUUGUGACAAAUGUAAUUACAAACAUGGACUCCGAAAGUGUCCAGCUUCUGGCCAAAAGUGUAAUAAGUGUGGGAAUAAGGGUCAUUUCGCAUCAGUAUGCAAAAAUAGAAAGAAAAAAGUGAAGCAGCUCGAAAAGGAGAGCGAAAGCUCGAGUGACGAAGAUAGCGAUACUGAACAGUUUUCGCUUAAAGUGCAUUCGCUGAGUCGCGGUCGUGGCAAAGAAGAUUGCUGGGAAAGUGUUAUGGCAGUCCAAAAAGUGAAAAUUCGUGUAAAAAUUGAUACUGGGGCCCAGUGCAAUGUAAUCACAAAGACCGCGCUCCAGAAAUUGAGUGAUUACGAAAUAAUGCCAUCGAGAGUCAAGAGGCUGAUCGCAUUCAAUGGAGGUCACGUACCAGUGCAUGGAAGGGUCCUAUUGACGUGUAGGAUUCGGAAGAAAAUGAUCCCUCUCUGGUUUCAAGUAGUAAAGGGCGACAGAAGCUGCAUCAUUGAUGGGAAGUCUGCAGUGAAAGCUGGAUUAAUCGCCAGAAUUGAUCACUUUGAGGUUAAAGAGGACGUAUUUGAAGGCCUAGGUACAGUGAAGAAUGUUGUGUAUAAUGCAGAAUUGGUUGAUAACCCCAAAUUUGUUAUCCAUCCAGCCCGAAAUAUUCCCUUUGCCGAUAGGGAAGAAACGAAGAAAGAGGUCUUCAAGAUGGUGGAUGACAAAGUUACGGUGAAGGAGAAUGAAGCCACAGACGCAGUCUCUCCCAUGGUGGUGGUCAGGCGAAGAGGUAAAAUUAGAAUUUGCAUUGACCUCACUGAUGUUAAUAAGAAUAUUAAGAGGAGACACUAUCCCCUGACAGGAAUAGAUCAAGUGGCCGCGAAUGUCUCAAAAAGUCGUUAUUUUACGAUUUUGGAUUGCAAAAAGGGUUUUUGGCAAAUUCGUUUGUCAGAAAAGACAUCGAAGCUUUGCACAUUCGCUACACCAUGGGGAAGAUUCAGAUAUUUAAGGAUGCCGUUUGGACUGUGUUCAGCACCUGAAGUGUUCCAGAAAGUUAUGAUCGAUCUCGUGGGAAACAUUGAAGGAGUGGAAGUAUCAAUGGAUGACAUUCUGAUCCAUGCACCUACCCUUGACAAGUUGAAAGAGAUCACUGAAAAAGUCAUUAGAAUUCUGGAUUCAAAUGGCUUGAAGCUGAACAAAGAAAAAUGUUGUUUCAACCAAACAUCUGUGAAAUUCCUAGGGCACAUUCUUUCGGCUGACGGGUUGAGCCCAGAUCCGGAAAAAUUGCAAGCUAUUGACAGACUGAAGGCGCCUACGGACAAAAAAUCACUGCAGAGAUUUUUAGGGAUGAUUACUUACGUUGGAAAAUUUAUCCCAAAUCUGUCAGAGCACACAGCGCCAUUGCGAGAGUUGUUGAAAGGAGAUCCCGUGUGGGAUUGGACUGAGCAUCAACAACGUGCUUUUUUGAAGCUGAAAAAUUUUCUCAAGAAUCCCCCAGUUUUGGCAUUUUACGAUGUAAACAAGCCAAUGGUAUUGUCAGUUGACAGUUCCGCAAAUGCAUUUGGAGCCGUUUUAAUGCAAGAAAGAAGGCCUAUAGCAUAUGCCACGAAAGCUCUGACUGAUUGUCAACGAAACUGGCCGCAGAUCGAGAAAGAAGCAGGAGCCAUCAGGUUCGGCUGCCAGAAAUUUCAUGAUUAUAUUUGGGGCCACAAAAUCGUAGUGGAAUCAGACCACAAACCGUUGGAGACUAUUUUUGCAAAGCCGUUGAACAAAGCUCCAUUACGUCUGAGGCAGAUCCUGCAUGAUGUGAAGGCUUACGAUCUGACAGUGAAAUACGUCAAGGGGACAAGGAUUCCAAUAGCAGACACCUUAAGCAGAGAUUGUAGUUCUAUUUGCACUGAUUUCGAAGAGGACACUGAAGAGCUACAUGUGAAUGGUGCUACUUGCUUGACUGAAGCUGCGUUGGAGAGAUAUCAACAAGCAACUGCAAAUGACCCGGCCUUGCAGAAGCUGAGAAAAUUAAUCCUGGAAGGAUGGCCAGACAGUCGUGAAGAAGUGCCUAAAGUGAUAAGGAAUUACUUUACAUUCCGCGAUGAAUUAUCCAUUCUUGACGGGAUAAUUUUCAAGGGGGACCAAGUCGUCGUACCAGUCACUGAGCGUCAAAGAGUGAUAAACGAUAUUCACGCGGGUCAUGUGGGCAUCCAAUCUUCGCUGCGUCGAGCACGUGAUUUCUUGUAUUGGCCGAACAUGACUGCUGAAAUCACCGCAAGAAUUGAGAAGUGUCUCGUUUGUGAGAAAAACCAAAGAUCGAACCAAAAAGAGACGGUAUUGAUGAAGAGAGUUCCAGAAUAUCCUUUCGAGAUUGUCGCUCUCGAUUUUUUCACUCACCGAAAACGAGAAUACUUGCUGAUAGUCGACUCAUUUAGUGGAUAUUAUGAUUUCAAAUUGAUGACAUCAUCUACUAGCGCUGCGGUGAUCUCAUUCUUGAAGGAUAAGUUUGCUGACCACGGAAUCCCAUUGGAAGUUCACACUGAUGGAGGGCCCCAAUUCACGUCGAAGGAGUUCAGGGACUUUGGGAAACAAUGGGACUUCAAACACGUAGUUUCAAGCCCUUAUUUUGCACGUUCUAAUGGAUUAGCAGAGCGUUACGUGCAAACUGCGAAGAACCUCCUGAAGAAGUGCCGCGAAGAUGGACAAGACAUCAAAUUGGCACUAUUGAUGUCACGAAACACUCCUGGGAACGAACUGAGGUCACCGGCUGAGAGACUUUUUAGUCGAAAGACUAGAAAUCCCCUGUGCAUGAAUCGCAAUCUCCUCGUUCCCAAGAUCGCCGAAGACAAUUCAGAACGACUGCAGGAGCAACGUAACCGACAGAAGAAAAAUGCAGAUGUGGGAGCAAAAUCUUUCGACAAGUUAGCUGAAGGAACUCGUGUCAGGGUUCAAGAGAGAGAUAAUGCUUGGGUAACGGGCACAAUUCAAAGUCAGCAGACCGAAAGGUCAUACAAUGUGCAACUGGAUGAUGGUCGCCUGAUCCGUAGAAAUCGCCACUUUCUCCAUGAGACAAAAGUUGAGAAGCCAAUAUUGCCUCCAGUGCCAGCGAGUUUGCCCGUUUCACCAACACCUGCUAGAGAUUCAUCGAGUUGUAAUACUUCUGUCAGGAGUGAGGAAAUUGCAUCCGGCGUUCCAACUACUCCGGAGAUGGGUUCACUAGUGUUACAUAGGGAGAAUGAGAUGCGAGGGACUCUAUCAGAUCCUCCUGCAACACCAGUAGCAGCCAAAUCCCAUCCGGAUCCUGCGCCAUCACCUGUACCUCCGGCAAUGAUCACCACCCGAUCAGGCAGAGUAAUUAAACCCCCAGAUAGAUUGAAUCUUUAAAAAUGAAUUUCCAUUUGCUUCAUUGUUAAACUCAUUAAGUUUGAAUUCCACUAAUUACUUUUCAAUUGCUUUAUUAUAUAUUAUAUUAAACUGAAUUAUUAACUAUAAAAAGGGAGAUGUAACAUUGAGGUUAUAGAAAUGUCAAUAAAGCAGUU